CCGACCGCGAGGUGUAAACAAAUUAUUACAAGCGGCAGAAUUUGAUAAAUAUUUUCAAAAUAUUGCACGCAAUUUGUUUUUUGAAAGCAAGUACACAUUCAUAAAUACACAUUGCAUAGCAGAGGAUUGAUUGAAACGGUUACAAAAGGGAGAUUUCAAGAACAAAUUCUACAGUUGUUGCUCGUGUGAUCAACUCUCGCGUGCUCUCGCCAUGGCGGACAUUCAGACUUUAUGGACUUUAUUCUCCAAAAUGAUGCAGAUUAGAAAAAAUUGUGGGUAUAGAAUCCAAGCAAUUGCUAAAAAGUUUGGUAUUCUGCUCAGCCCCAAUUUCGGCAUCGAAAAUCUUCUUGACUUGCCUGCCGACCAGCUUAUGAAGGUUUUGAAUGACCUGUUGUCGAUGGAGUGCAACAAGCUCUUGAGAUAUGAAGAGGAAAUGGACAUCCUGAUGGUUCCUGCCUUAGAAAUUUCACUUCGGAUGGGACUAAAGUCCGUCGAUUUAACUGCGUUUCUUUCUUACUGUCCGAUUGAACUACAAUAUCAAUACUUUAAAUCGGCAGUGGUGCGGAUGUUUGAAAUAGCUCCCAACAUCGAGGAACUGAUUAUGACAAGCAAAAAAAAUAGAAUCGACAGAGACCCUGGCAUUGCUGUGGACACUGAGUUACUUCAAGCGCUCGGUAGAUUAGUACAGCUAAAACAUCUUCAAAUAGAUGACUUGUGCUACUUUGACGGACUGGACGACAUAUUUCAACUUGGCGAGCGCCUACAAGAGCUACAAUUUCUCAGCGUUUGUUUCCCAAAUGGCUUUGCUGACAUUGACUUUGAAGAGCAUCAAACAGCUGAAAAACUGAAAAAGAGCUUCCCAAAUCUGAAAGUUUUUAUCUACAACGCAUCUGCGGAAUAUCACUUGAGGCGAUUGUGCAUGGACCAUAUGCCUAACUUGCAAGUCAUUGAAACCUACGCAAAUAAGCUUUGUUCCAAGCACGACUACAACUCCGUGGCUCAUCUGGACCCAGAACGUCGUGGAACGUCAAACCUGCGCCAUUUGCUGGUGGAUUUUAGCCAAGAAGAGAGUACAAGUGAAAGCAUGCACUUGGAAUUCCCUCAUGUCAGUCAUUUAUGGAUUUUUUGGUUUGAAGAGGGCAACUGCGAUGAAAUCCAGUGGCAAAAUUUGUUAAAAUUCACCCACAUUGAGAGUCUGGAAAUGAGCUGCUUUCCACUGCCUGCAAUGAACUGCUUCUUGGACACCUAUGGGCCAAAUCUAUUGGCACUUAGCAUUAUCCAAGAAUACAAAGAUGAAUCCUCGUUGACCUUCCAACGAAUUUUCACUGCCUGCCCAAAAUUGGAAAAACUUAAACUUCGCACAACCAUAAUUUAUCCUGAGCCUAUAACCUUUUUCUCUCAUCUUGAAGAAGUAGAGUUGUCUUAUUGGUGUGCUUCUGAGGAGUUAACCAAUAUUCUGAGCGCACCCCAUCUGCAGAAGGUGACGUUGUAUGGCGAUUACUUCAGUGUGAAGGACAUUAAGAUGUUAAAAUCAUCAGUUAUCGAGAAGAAGGUUCUGCGAAAACUCAAAACGCUCAUCAUCCAAAUGGGAAUACCUUCCUGGGGUAGACUAACUGACGUCGAACAUUUUAAAGAAAUCAUGGAGUUGAUCAAAUGCGCCGCCGGUAGUGUGCCUCAACUUACUCACAUUAAAUUAUACUUAAAUUCUCGCCGAAGUGAGUACUCUAUUGUGGCAAGAAGUCUGAGGGACGGAAAAAUAGAUACUGGAGAAAUGCCAGAUGUUUCGGCCUUUUUUAGAAACAUGCAAAAUGAUGACAUUGCUGAGGAUUCAUUCAGUUGGUUUGUUGAUGAAGAACUCAUCAGCAUUCUUGACAACCUCCGAUAAUGCUAUAAACUUUGGCUAACCUAAAGUGUGUAACAACAAUAAAUUACUGAAUUUUGUUGACAAA